AUGGCCCGGAGCCGGCCGAUGUCCCCUUGGACACUCUUUCUGUCCUUCGUGGUUCUUAUCGCAUGCAUUGUUGUACCCGGAGUAACGGUCAAACAUGAAAAUUUCAAGACAUGCCAGCAGUCCGGUUUCUGUAAGCGCAACCGAGCGCUCGCCGACAACGCCUCCGCCCAAGGUGCCUCGUGGAGCUCACCCUACGAGCUUGACCCCGCUACAAUUCACUUCAAGGAUGGCCAAUUGAACGGUAUCCUCAUCAAAACUACAUCUACACAUGAGAAAAUUCGCAUGCCUGUCACGGUCUCCUUUCUCGAGUCCGGUGCGGCGCGUAUCAUUGUUGACGAGGAGAAGCGCCUUAAGGGCGAUAUCGAGGUCCGACAUGAUAGCAAAGCAAACAAGAAGAGGUACGACGAGACCGAGAAAUGGGUUAUUGUGGGUGGCUUAGAAGUGAGCAAGUCCGCCAAGUUGAAUGCCCAGACCGAGACUGGUUUCACCAAUAUUUUGUACGGACCCGAGGACAAAUUCCAGGCGAUUAUUCGCCAUGCACCUUUCGAGGUUGAGUUUCAGAGAGACGGCGAGACUCAUGUUCAAAUCAACCACCAGGGCUUGCUGAACAUGGAGCACUGGCGGCCGAAGGUCGAGCACAAGGAGGGCGAGUCGCCUGAGGAGGAGGGCACCUGGUGGGAGGAAUCCUUUGGCGGCAACACCGACUCGAAGCCCCGCGGCCCCGAGAGUGUGGGUCUUGAUGUUACUUUCCCCGGUUAUAAUCAUGUGUUCGGUAUCCCCGAGCACGCUGACUCUCUUUCACUGCGUGAGACUAGGUUAGAUCCAUUGCCCCCAUGUGCUUGUAUUGUGGCUAACCAUGACAACAGAGGAGGACCGGGCAACCACGAACAGCCGUACCGCUUGUACAACUCUGAUGUUUUCGAGUAUGAGCUCAACAGUCCCAUGACCCUGUAUGGAGCUAUUCCGUUCAUGCAGGCGCACCGUAAGGAUUCUACCGUCGGUGUGUUCUGGCUUAACGCCGCGGAGACUUGGAUCGAUAUUGUCAAAGAGGCAGCGAACUCGAACCCGCUUUCGAUGAGUGCUCAUUCUAAAAGCAACACAAAGACCCACUGGUUCUCCGAGGCGGGUAGAAUCGAUCUUUUCGUCUUUUUGGGACCCACGCCACAGGACAUCAGCAAAACCUACGGCCAGCUGACCGGUUACACCCAGCUGCCUCAGCACUUCGCCAUCGCUUAUCACCAGUGCCGCUGGAACUAUGUCACCGAUGAGGACGUGAAGGAGGUCGAUGCCAAAUUCGAUAAAUACCAGAUCCCCUACGAUGUUAUCUGGCUGGAUCUGGAGUAUACUGAUGACCGGAAAUACUUCACUUGGGAUCCUCUCACUUUCCCCAACCCUAAGGGUAUGCAGGAAAAGCUGGACGAAUCCGAGCGUAAGCUUGUGGUUCUCAUCGAUCCCCACAUCAAAAAUAAGGAUGAUUAUUUCGUCUCGCAGGAGCUGAAAAGCAAAAAUCUUGCUGUUCUCAACAAGGACGGCGAGAUAUACGAUGGGUGGUGCUGGCCUGGUUCGUCGAACUGGGUUGACUGCUUUAACCCGGCUUCGUUCCCAUGGUGGAAUAGUCUCCACAAAUUCGAUAGAUUCAAGGGAUCGCUUUCCAAUCUUUUCAUUUGGAACGACAUGAAUGAGCCCUCGGUCUUCAAUGGUCCAGAGACUACUAUGCCUAAGGAUAACCUCCACUUUGGUAACUGGGAGCACCGUGAUAUUCACAAUGUGAACGGUAUCACUCUUGUCAAUGCUACCUACCAAGCCAUGUUGGAGCGCAAGAAGGGCGAAGUGCGCCGGCCGUUCAUCCUGACCCGUUCUUACUAUGCCGGUGCCCAGCGCAUGUCGGCCAUGUGGACCGGUGAUAAUCAGGCUACUUGGGACCAUCUCGGUGCUUCUCUGCCAAUGGUCCUGACCAACGGCAUUGCAGGUUUCCCCUUUGCCGGUGCUGAUGUCGGUGGUUUCUUCCACAACCCGGACAAGGAUCUUCUCACUAGAUGGUACCAAGCUGGCAUUUGGUAUCCUUUCUUCCGCGCCCAUGCUCAUAUUGAUACCCGCCGUCGUGAGCCUUAUCUGAUCAGCGAGCCGCACCGCACCAUCAUUUCCCAGGCAAUCCGCCUGAGAUACCAGCUCUUGCCUGCUUGGUACACUGCCUUCCAUGAGGCAUCCGUCAAUGGUACUCCUAUUGUGCGUCCCCAGUACUACGUCUUCCCCGAGAAUGAGGCAGGAUUCGCCAUCGAUGACCAGUUGUACCUGGGUGCUACCGGUCUCCUUGCCAAGCCUGUUGUGACAGAGAACACAUUCACCACUACCAUCUAUAUCGCCGAUGACGAAAAAUACUACGAUUACUUUGACUUUACAGUUUACCAGGGCGCAGGCAAGCGACACACCGUCCCAGCCCCCGAGGACAAGAUUCCUCUCCUGAUCCAAGGUGGUCACAUCGUACCCCGUCGGGACCGCCCUCGUCGCAGCAGCGCUCUCAUGCGUUGGGAUCCCUACACUCUCAUCCUUACUCUAAACAAGAAGGGCGAAGCUGAGGGUUCCCUUUACGUGGAUGAUGGAGAGACCUUCGACUACGAGCGUGGGGCUUACAUCCACCGCCAGUUCCAGUACCGUGACUCCGUUCUGUCCUCCGAGAAUCUCGGUACUAAGGGCGCUAAGACUGCCGAGUACCUCAAGACCAUGGCCGGAGUUACCGUUGAGCGCGUUGUCAUCAUCGACCCUCCCAAGGAGUGGAAGGACAAGAGCACUGUUGUUAUCAUUGAAGACGGGGCCAAGACAGGCUCAAUUGCUGUCCUUGAAUACUAUGAGCAGGAGAGUGGUAAGGCACCCUACGCCGUUGUGAAGAGUCCGAACGUUGGCAUCGGAAAAACAUGGCGGAUAGAGUUCUAA